GUGCAUGGCUCAGGCCCCUUCCUAUCUAACAGCUCAGAGUGAUACAACCGUGGAGAGAGCAGUAUCAAAGGCUGCUACUGCUGACUGAGACGGGAAGCAAACACCACUGGCGACAGCAUGAGCAUUUCCAAACUGUAGCUGGUCUGAGACUGAACUGGGAUUGGUGCAGAUCACUUCUGACACUGGGAGUCACCAGUGCAAGCUGGCUGAGAGGAAGAGCUGAGAUAUUCACAGGAAAUGCGUGAGUGCAUCUCUAUUCAUGUUGGCCAGGCUGGAGUUCAGAUUGGCAAUGCAUGCUGGGAACUCUUCUGUCUGGAACAUGGCAUUCAGCCAGAUGGCACCUUCAAGAAUCAGCCCAACAAAGUCAACAACGAUGACUCCUUUAAUACAUUUUUCAGUGAAACAGUCACAGAAAAGCAUGUGCCACGGGCUGUCAUGGUGGACUUGGAACCGACAGUAGUAGAUGAAGUGCGGGCUGGUGCUUACCGUCAGCUUUUCCAUCCAGAACAGCUGAUCACUGGAAAGGAGGAUGCAGCUAAUAACUAUGCCCGUGGUCACUACACCAUUGGUAAAGAAAGCAUUGAUCUGGUGCUUGAUCGUAUCCGUAAGCUGACUGAUGCCUGUUCUGGGCUACAGGGAUUCCUGAUUUUCCACAGCUUUGGUGGGGGCACUGGCUCUGGCUUUACCUCCUUGUUGAUGGAACGCCUCUCCCUGGAUUAUGGCAAGAAGUCCAAACUGGAGUUUGCCAUCUACCCAGCCCCUCAAGUCUCCACUGCAGUAGUGGAGCCGUACAACUCCAUCCUGACCACUCACACUACCCUGGAGCAUUCAGACUGCGCCUUCAUGGUGGACAAUGAGGCCAUCUAUGACAUCUGUCGUCGCAACCUGGACAUUGAGCGCCCCACUUACACCAACCUUAAUCGUCUCAUCAGCCAGAUAGUCUCAUCAAUCACUGCCUCUCUGCGCUUCGAUGGUGCCCUCAAUGUGGAUCUGACAGAGUUUCAGACCAACCUGGUGCCCUACCCUCGCAUCCACUUCCCCUUGGUGACAUAUGCACCCAUCAUCUCCUCUGAGAGAGCCUACCACGAGCAGCUGUCAGUGGCGGAAAUCACCAGUUCCUGCUUUGAACCCAUCAACCAGAUGGUGAAGUGUGAUCCCCGUCAUGGAAAAUACAUGGCCUGCUGCAUGCUGUACCGCGGUGACGUGGUCCCCAAAGAUGUCAACGUAGCUAUUGCUGCCAUCAAGACCAAGAGAACUAUCCAGUUUGUGGACUGGUGUCCAACGGGCUUCAAGGUUGGCAUCAAUUACCAGCCUCCUACAGUAGUUCCUGGGGGAGACCUGGCCCAGGUGCAACGUGCCGUCUGCAUGCUAAGCAACACCACAGCCAUCGCUGAGGCCUGGGCCAGGCUGGACCACAAGUUUGAUCUGAUGUAUGCCAAGAGGGCAUUUGUGCACUGGUAUGUUGGUGAAGGCAUGGAGGAAGGGGAGUUUGCAGAGGCCCGAGAGGACUUGGCUGCACUGGAGAAGGACUACGAGGAAGUGGGAACCGACUCAUUUGAAGAAGAAAAUGACGGGGAGGAAUUUUAAAAUACACUUUGUUAUUCAAUAGCA